UAUUUUCACACGAUACUCCGCAUUAAUUUUCUACAUGUCACUCUCGCCCUCCUUGGAGUUGUACAUUCACACAAUUUCCGUCGCGAUAACGGCAGCGGGUUAUUACGUUCGAAGCCCUGAGGCCCUGUUAGGAAUUUCAAGAUCUUAUGCGCGGAUGGACUGCUGUAGAUGACGAUCAGUCCUCAUCGAAGGAAAACACGGAUUUCAAGGACAUGUAACAACUUACACUCAAAUUAUUAGCUCUGUGUCGUGACGAAUUCAGCAGUGCAAUAAGAACAGACGUUACAGACGGGUAGAAGUUUGUUUAUCAAGCUAAUACAAUUUAAAGAAGCCGGGUGAAUGAUUUUACCGCAGCAGCUCGCUCUCAUCAAACAGGAUAAAAUACGUUGACAUCUCCAAAGCUUAUACUUCGUAGCAAAGACACAAUUUUUGUCGAAAAGAUGAAUUCUAACACAACAUUUAAUGCAAAGGACACAACGCCUUUUCCGUUCUAUUCCAGCCAGCUGAAUGAUGUCACUGAUGCGUUGAAUGAGAGCUAUGCAAACGUUUCUACAGACAACCCAGAUACGGUGCAGUCACUCGACUUCUGGAUCGUAAAGAUUGUGCUUUACGGCGUUAUUCUGCUAGGAAGCUCUAUAGGGAACAGCCUUGUUAUUUAUAUCAUCGUCAGUAACGUCCGAAUGAGGACAGGAUCCAACUAUUUGAUAAUGAACUUGGCGCUGUGUGAUUUUGUCACGCCGGUUUUCAGCAUUCCUUUUGAUUACUUUCUCGAAGAAUAUAACUACAUCUGGAUGUAUGGCUCAGUUAUGUGCAAACUUCUGUGGCCGUUGACAACCAUGUCUUCUACGUCGGCUGCUUUAACCCUUGCAGCGAUCUCGCUUGAUCGCUAUCGCGUGAUAAUGCAUCCAUUUCGACCUCGUUUGACGAAGUUUAAAAUAAAAUGCAUUAUUGUCGCAGUUUACGUGUUUUCACUAUUGGUGGUAACUCCGUACUCGUACGUUCUCGAUCUGAAAGGACACCAAUGCCGUGAAAUAUGGCCUGAUAUCUCGUACAAGAAGUACUACACCCUAGGACUUUUCCAUGUGCAAUAUUUCCUUCCUCUGAUUUUUAUGGUGUUCAUGUAUUCGCUUGCGCUGAAAAACUUGUACACUAGCGCAGACAAGACUAGCGGCCAGAAAGCCGAGCAAGAACCGGCUGCUGUCAGCCGAAAAGUCAGUCGGACAUCAACGAACUCACGGCGAUCGUCAGUAGCCGAAACUGAGCCGAAACUGAAAAAGGUUUCGUCCACGGUGCGUCUGGUGCGCAAAUUCUCUUCAACUGUCAGGAGAGGGAAGACAGAAGCAAACAAAAGAGCAACUAAGAUGUUUAUGGCCGUCGUAGGAGUUUUUACUAUUUGUAUGUUCCCCAAUCAAGCACUUUGGCUAUGGGCGGACUUCCAUAAUGAGGGACAGAACCCAAGGUUCUUAAACGCGGUUAUAAUCUGUUGGCUAUUCACGUAUGCUAAUAGUGUCUGUAACCCAGUUAUCUACGCUGUUUUUAGCCGGGACUUUCGUCGAGGCUUCAAAAGAGCUUUUCGAAAAGUGUUCUGUUUACACCGCCGCAAAAACCGACAGGUGUAUAAAACAGACAUGGUGGAAACUUUGACAACAGAAUUAAAAUGCGUAGCUUCUGGAGAGACAGAGAAACGAAAAAGAAAAAAUGCUACUGUCCAACGACCUAAGCUUUAUCUUCUGUGA